GUGCGGACAAUAUUUGUUCUUGGAUUUCCUCCAGACGUGAAAGAGAGGGAGCUUCAAAAUCUGCUGAGAUGGUGGCCAGGGUUUGAAGCCUCGCAGAUGAACUUCAAGGGAGAGCAACCUAUGGGAUUUGCACUUUUCAGCUCGGCUACCUUGGCCUUGGCAGCGCGGGACGCAUUGCAGAAUCUUGUUUUUGAUGUGGAGACAAAUUCAGUUCUUCGUGCGGAGAUGGCAAAGAAGAAUUUGUAUGUCAAGCGAGGUGUUGCCGAUGGGACUGCAGCUUAUGACGCAAGCAAAAGGCUACGAACAGGAGGAGAUUUCACCGCCCCGCCGUUUCCGCCUCCGCCCUCUUUCGUCGCUGCGGCUCCUGCCUGGGGCCCUCCUAGCUACAUUGCUCCUGCGCCCACAUACGAUCCGUAUGCAUAUGCGCAUCCUGUUGGUGCCAUAGUCCCUGCUGCCCCUGCGAGAUAUGCCCCUGUUCAGAACACGAAGGAUAAUCCUCCUUGCAACACCCUUUUUAUUGGAAACCUGGGAGAAAUGACGAGUGAAAGCGAACUUCGGAGUUUGUUCAGCAGUCAGCCAGGUUUCCGGCAAAUGAAAGUUUUACGUCAAGCUGCGAGCACAGUCUGUUUUGUUGAGUUUGUGGACAUCAAUAGCGCCAUGCUUGUCCACACAAAUCUGCAGGGUGCUGUACUUAGCACCAUGUAUUCGAAGAAUCCGUUCGGGAAGAAGAGGGAUGGCAUGGCUGGUUCAGGAAGUCCAGGAGGGACCCCACCUCCAGGAGGACCUUGCCCGAAUGCCAGCCAUUAUAUUGCUAUGGGUGCUGCGAACGAUGCAUCGGCGGGCGGAGCAGCCAAUGGGGUAUCUGUAGCAGCAAUGCAACCCCAAAUGAAGGACGAGCGAUGACAUCAACAGGAAUGUAUAAUGCAACCUCUUGCUCUAGGGCAUGAUGGGGAGUGUCGGCAUCAUCAGCAUCAGCAUAAUGCGCAUCAAUCAGCAUCAUCAGCAUCAUCAGCAGAAGCAUAUGACAUGCCAUCGGAAAUGCCCCCCAUGAUGACAGACUCUUGCUGUAGGGGAUGAUGGGGAGUGUCGGCAUCAUCAGCAUCAGCAUCAUGCGCAUGAAUCAGCAUCAACAGCAGAAGCAUUUGACAUGCCAUUGGAAAUACACCCCAUGAUAACAGACUGAUGUGUGGGACCCCUCUAUCUCAUGUUGUUAUCGCAUACAAGUGAAUCGGCAAUGCACCACAUCAUUCACGCUUCAUUGUCCUCGUCGUCAUCAUUGCCGUAUCACAUCGUAUUGUGGCAUGGACGCAUGGGCUGGUUGCAAAUUGCGGAAUGCAAACGAUGAGGAGAGAUUGAUGCUUCUAGACUGUAUCUGACUCUUCGAUCUGAUCCUCAGCAGUGCGGCAUUACAUGGGAUUGAGGCAUUUUGAGCGUAUUUUGAGCGCAUUGGACGGGUCGCAAUGCAAAUUGCAAGUGCACAGUGGGGAGUGGCGGUGCAUAGACUGAUCGCAAAUUUUGCAAAAUGCACGGUGUCAUGAUCAUCAUAGAGUGAAAUGCCACUUCAUGCGGAAUGACAGACAUCAUCUUGAGGGGGAGCAGCAAAAGCACUGAUGUCAUAUCAUCGCGAAUAGCACGGGUCAUGGCUGGGGUGCAUAGCGGUUGGUGCUGCUACUGCACUCCAGUUCACAUGGGAAUGAAAAGUGAGACAUGCGCUGCACCUGGACAUGAUUAUGGCCAUCAUUCAUCCAUCUAAUUGGUAUUGCAUCAGCAAUGCACUGUGACGAAUACGAAAGUAUAAAUUAGUGACAAUUUAUGGUAUGGGAUGAACGGUGGUCGACUCCAAAAUUGAUGCCUGGCGAUUUGAUUGAUUUUGAUACAUAUAAAGCGACAUUCUUCAUUACCACACUGCUUAUCGUAUACGACAUGUCUGUUUAACUGAUGCAGUAUAAGAUGAUUGCCUGGCAUUGGUCAUCCGCCACACCGUUUGCUAUUUGAAAGUUUUGGCCAUUAGCUCAAUGGUAGUGUACAGUGGCAUAUAGAUUGUCUGGCAACCGAUAGAUAGCGGCACGCGGUCGUCUAUCUUUUCUCAAACCAACAGCGUCCUUGGGGGUUGUGACUGUCACGGAAUUGCGUUGCCGAUGUACCGCCGAUGGAUGAUGAGAAGGCAUGUCACUGGCCUGAUAGUCUGCCAACCAAGCAGAUAACCAAUGCCCGCCUCCCGGAUGGAGGAAGUCCUCGUUUCCGGGCCAACAUUCCUUUCUGUUGUGAAACACAUCCGUUCAUUUACAGUGGACGGGGCCUCAGUGCAUACCCAUGAUGAGCUGAAUCAUCCUGAUUGCAGUCCAAGCAAGGUUUAUUUAGUUUUUUUGCAGACAUGGCUGAUGUCCAUGUCUGGUAGGAAAGUGAGGGUGGGAUGAACCAGAUGGGGGAGUUGUAGAGUUUGGGCACGGCGGAGGUUUAUGAUGUGGAUGAGGUGGUUUGGCGGCUUGCGUUUUGUAGCGGAUUGGCAGAAGGUGCCUGGAUGUAUUUGCAAUUUGGGAGUGAUUUCCGUCUGGUUGAGCGCCUGCGCACAGGUGCAUCUUCAUCUACCCAUCUAUGAGGAUAUGUGCUGCUCAAUUUCGCUUUCUUUUUUUUUUUUCAAUUAACUUUUCUAGAGUCAUUGUUUUGCUUUUUUCUUUUCUUUUUUCUUUGGUUGCUUUCCAGAUGUGUAUGUACUAUGUAGUAUGUACAUGAUUGAUGGAUGUCGUUGGCUGGGUCUGGCGUUGUUUUCUGGGAACCUUUUCCUGUCGUGUUUUGUGUUGGCCAGCUCCGUGGACACCCGCAUUCGUGGUGGGUGGUAGUUAUGCAUUUUGUGUUGAUGGACAAAGAAAUAUAACAAGCUGAAUGCGGCAUGUCUCACACUGACCUGUUGUUGAACGGAUGGGCGUUUUUUCCUGUGUUCCCAUCUUUUCCCCGUAAGACAAAUUGCGGUCACUGUAGCUGCAUUUUAGGGCAACUUUCAGUACAGCGAUAAUGGCACUGCAAAGACGGUCCUCCAUUAUUCCCUCUGCUGUACGUUCUGGUGCAGGGAAGACGGUAGUAGCGAUGGAUGGGCGAUAACGGCGCUGCGAUUUCUGUUGCGUUUGUGGGUGGUGUGCUGUUCCCUCUGCUGUGAAUUCCUUUAUCGAUUUUGAGUUCUGGAUUGGACCGGCUGUUCACCAAUGUGCGCAUAUUAUUUAUCGGCGGCAGGCUCAGUGGAAGAUUGCUAUAGGCUAUAGGUUGUCCUAAGGGUAUUUCUCAGUGGAAUAUCUGCUAUAGGUCGUCCGAAGGGUAUGUCUCAGUGGAAGAUCUGCUGUAGAUUGUCCGAUGGGUAUGUCUCAGUGCAAGCUCUGCUAUAGGUCGGCCUUAGGGUAUGUAUCAGUGGAAGAAGAUCUGCUAUCUUAGGUUGUCCGAACGGUAUGUACAAUGAAGUGUAUCACAUCUA